AAAUUUGUCGUCGCGCGUAAUUUUCCGGUUAAAUUCAAGUGAAAACCAAAUUUUUUUGUGAUAAAUUAGUGUAAAGUGUUAAGAUAAAUCAAGUGUGGCUGCGAAUUCGUCAAAAUUCAUCCGCUAAACUGUUGAACGCAAAAAUUCCUAAAACAUAAGUAGUCAAAUGUUAUUUAACACAAAAAAAAAAUAAACGACAGUGAUCUGGCAUCUAAAUAAAAAUAAAUUAAAAGUUGUUAAAGUGAUUAACGAAUUCCAAAUAAAAAAGGACAAAAAAGAGACUGAUUAGAACAGAAUUUUUAAAAUAAACGUAGACUUUUAUCGAAGCAGUUAGAACAAAAAAAAAUAUUAAAAUUAUUAUUAUUAUUAUUAAAACGCAAAAGAAAAAAAUAGUGCUGCUGAUAAGUAAUCAAGACUCUUGGAAGUGUGAUAUAAUAAAAAGUUAUAUUUUUGCCACACGCACUACACAACUUUUUUUUCGUAAUAAUUUAUACACAAAAAAAAUGAAUAAAUGGAAUUGAAAAGACAUCCACAAUAGAGUAUGAAGAAAAAUAUAAAUCUGUAUCAUAAACAAUUGAUUACGUGCUGUUUGUUAAAGUCAACUACUGUCUUCUUUAUGUUAUUUGUCGUCAACUUUAAUUCCGGUUGUGGAUUAAAAUAAUAUGGCAGCUUCUCCAACUCCUUCAUUAGAUUCAUUACCAGGUGCUAACUCAAUUGGAUCAUUUGGAGAACCGACAGACUAUUUAUCCGAUUCUCCGUCGACAGUCAGCGGCAGCGGAUCAUCUCCCCCAAUCAGUGACUCAGCGAUUUGCGAUGAUUUUGUCCUCACGGGCAACAGCAGUAGCGUAGAAAGUCAAAAUCUCAAGAAUACCAACAACUCCCAAACAAUCACCCAAUCGUCAAACGUCGUCGUUGGCGGCACCCAAAUCGGUAGCCAGCAAUUUACCGAGGCCCUAGAGAAUUUCGGGCAGCUCACGGACUCCAUCGAGAGCGAAUUACUGCCCCGCUGCACCGGGUGUCGUGGCAAACAGUCAAUUGCCGUUGCCAAGUGUGCGGACUGCGUAAAUUGGUUGUGCGCCAAUUGCGAGCAAGCGCACGAGUUUAUGCACUGUUUCGACGGUCACAAAGUCUUCCGGCUACCCACAUCGAACACGCCACCCACAAUUACGACCGCCAACAGCAAAAACAUCAUCACGGAAGAUUUCACCAGCAAACUCAUCAUGAACGGCUUCGAGUCGCAACGUCUCUCGCUGAACUUGAACUUGAAGGAUGACCCGAGCAACUUGAUGAAAUCCAUCAUGAAUAGCGUAAUUACGCCUCCGAACCCGAAUCCCGCGUCGCAAUCCAUCACCGCGACGGCAGAUGCGCUCUUUUCGUCGCUCAAUACGACCGUGUUGUCGGGAAAACAACCCUCCGCCACCUCCUACUUCUGCCAAAGACACAAAAGUGAAUUACUAAAGUUCUUUUGUCGCACGUGCAACACGUUGGUGUGCAAGGACUGCAUGAUGUGCGACCAUACGGGACCGACGCACGAGUGCGAACACAACAGUGACCCCGUGCCAAAGCAAAUCGAGGCACUUUUACAAACGAUCCAAGAUAUCCGAUCAAAAUCCAGCGAAAUGCGUCAAAUUAUCAAAGGCGCCGAACACACUACGAUGCUCCUGCAAACGCAAUAUCACACCGCACAGAACGAAAUUAACGAAACGUUCCAAUUUUACCGUUCGAUGCUCGACGAACGCAAAGCGGAGCUGCUCAAGGAGCUCGAAAGUGUCUACAGUGCCAAAAGUAUGGCACAAACGAUGCUAAUUAACAAGUCGCAAGAUCACCUCGACAAAAUGCUGCAAUCGUGCGAACUCGUAGAUCGACUACUGGCAAAAUGCUCGGCCUUGCCCGAAACCAACAUGUUCCGCAAAAUACUGGAAAACAAGAAACAACAGUUCCUCACGUACUUGCAAGACUUGCAAAAUCCCACAGAACUCGAUUUUUGCAGCAAUUAUCAGGCCAUUCAAGUUGGGAUUCGCAACACCUUCGGCUAUAUCCGUUCGAGUGGCGAAAUGACGUCGGCAAAUAAGCAACCGCCCAUCGCUAGACCGACAGCGAACAAUCAAAACUGCGGCAUUGGCGGCAUGAGCAACAUGACAAAUGGCAGUUCGCCCACCAGUAGUACCAGUAGCUUGAACAUGAUGCAAGGACAGUUGAUCAACACGAAUCCCGUAGCCAUUGAACGUCCUUUUUCGAAUGGCGGCAUGCAAAGUGGCACCGGAUUAUCGACGUCACCCAUCCAACAAGGCCAUCUCGCAUUUGACACAAAUCUCUUGUCGAAGCGUUUUAACAGCGCCAACAGCUUGGGACCCUUUAUCGGGGACAUGGCACUCCAAAAUUCCGUCAAUCCUUACGAGAAAUGGAGUAAUGGCGGUAAUGACAUCUUCAAUAACAUCAACGAUCAAUAUUGCAUGUUGGGAAAUACGACUUCCGGAAGUGCUGUGAAUGGCGGCGGAAGUGUCGGGCAACCCGAUACAAUGAUGGAUUUGACGAACAAAUUAAUGCAAAGUAGCAUGUUCCCGCUAAAGUCGCAAAUUAAGCGUCAAAAGAUGAUCUAUCACUGCAAAUUCGGCGAAUUUGGGGUCAUGGAGGGACAAUUUACGGAACCAAGUGGCGUUGCGGUAAAUGCCCAAAAUGACAUCAUCGUCGCCGACACAAACAAUCAUCGGAUUCAGAUUUUCGACAAGGAAGGACGUUUCAAAUUCCAGUUCGGGGAGUGUGGCAAACGUGAUGGGCAACUUUUGUAUCCGAAUCGCGUUGCGGUCGUCAAAACGUCGGGCGAUAUUAUCGUGACGGAACGCUCGCCCACACACCAAAUACAGAUUUACAACCAGUACGGGCAGUUUGUGCGGAAAUUUGGCGCGAAUAUUUUGCAGCAUCCGCGUGGUGUGACAGUUGACAACAAAGGACGAAUCAUCGUGGUUGAGUGCAAAGUCAUGCGUGUCAUUAUCUUCGAUCAGAACGGAAAUGUGCUGCAAAAGUUUGGAUGCAGCAAGCACUUGGAAUUCCCGAAUGGCGUUGUCGUCAAUGAGAAACAGGAGAUUUUUAUCAGUGAUAAUCGGGCGCAUUGCGUGAAAGUUUUCAACUAUGAGGGCGUUUAUUUGCGGCAAAUUGGCGGCGAAGGCAUCACCAAUUACCCCAUUGGGGUCGGCAUUAAUCCAGCGGGCGAAAUUUUAAUUGCAGACAAUCACAACAACUUCAAUUUGACCAUUUUUACGCAGGAUAACCAGAUUGUGUCGGCGUUGGAGAGUAAGGUGAAGCACGCGCAAUGCUUCGAUGUUGCUUUGAUGGAUGACGGAAGCGUAGUUCUCGCCAGCAAGGAUUACCGCUUGUACAUUUACCGAUAUGUUCAAGUACCACCAAUUGGAUUGUAAAUCUUUUUAACCGAGUUUUUUCAUGACUUUACUUAACAAACUACUUCUGUUUGGACAAGACAAAAUUUGAUGAUAAGUAAUAAUAUGCCAAAUUAAAAAAUUCUUUCAAUUUUAUUUUUACGAAUAUUUACAAAAUUGAACGACAUUUAUUCUUGUUAUUGAUUAUUAAUAUUAUAAACUUUUUUUUAAAAAUGUUUUUUUCGAAAUAGCAUCAAAAUUCAGUCAUAUUAUUAUUUUUUGUUGUUUUUUUUAUAAUUAUUAUAACAUUAAAAUAUAUAAUAAUGUAAAAAAAUCCUGCUGAAAAUGGAACAAAAUUGCCAACUAUUUACUGGUUGAUCCUUUGUUUGUUUUUUUUUUAUAUAUUUUUUAUAAUAUAAAUGUAAAAUAUUUAAGUAAUCGUAAACGAUGAUGAAAUAACUGAUAAAAUAUGGAAACAUGAUGCAUUUCAAAAUAAGAAUUCUUUUUAUAUAAAAUAUUAUAUUAGACUUAAGGUUUGUUUUUUUUUGUUUGUUUGCAUUGACACACACAUACGAAAAUAAAGAGUAUGAUGAUUGAUAAAAAAAAAGAAUUUAAAUGUUUUAGACAUGUCACAUGUGUAUAUCAUACAUUCGCGCGAACAUUUAUUAAUAUUAUUAUUAGUUUUUAAGGAAAAUAACCGAUACUUAUUAGUAA